AUGACCACAACAGCCCAGACACCACAAUCAAUGACCACAACAGCCCAGACACCACAAUCAAUGACCACAACAGCCCAGACACCACAAGCAAUGACCACAACAGCCCAGACACCACAAUCAAUGACCACAACAGCCCCAGACACCACAAACAAUGACCACAACAGCCCAGACACCACAAUCAAUGACCACAACAGCCCAGACACCACAAGCAAUGACCACAACAGCCCAGACACCACAAACAAUGACCACAACAGCCCAGACACCACAAUCAAUGACCACAACAGCCCAGACACCACAAACAAUGACCACAACAGCCCACAAACAAUGACACAACAGCCCCAGACAACAACAAUGACACAACAGCCCAACACCACAAACAAUCAAUGA